AUGGUGGCGAGUGGGUCCGUGACCACAACAGCAGAAGAAGCUUCCUUCAGCACUAUUGGAUCAUUCUUCAGAAACCAAACGUUUCCCGCAAAUUGGCACCGAGCAGCUGCUCCAGUGACUGGCGCAACCGUUGGCCCCAUCAUAGGACAGUUAGUAGCCGGAGUUGGCGUUCCAGCUGGUCGAAACAAUCCAAACGGAAUAUACGUCGCCGACCCUCUCCCCCCUGCGCCGUUCAACUCCAGCUUUGCCUGUCAAGCAUACUACGACCAAUUUGCGAAUAUUCCCGGCGUCUUGCUCAACACGACGGGCAUCUUGAAGGAAAAUGUUGAUUUAUUGGCAAACAUUGCCUUCGCAACAGUGUCGUCAGUCAACGCGGCAUGUAACCAGCAAGUGCUGCCCUUCGGUCCGGCUGGGGUUUAG